AUGAAAGCAAUGAAUUUUCCUUUUCAGCAACCAAAAGACAAACUAAAACCUGACAAUUGGCGAGUAAUUUACCUAUUAAGUCACAGCGAAAAUGUUUUUAAGUCAAUCAGCAAUGAAGUUAAAUCAGCCAAGUACACAUUAUGGAACCUUAUUCCAAAAAAUAUCUUUAUUCAAUUUUCUGAUUUAUGAUAUUUUUGAUUUCUUUUUAUAUCUAUUUUGCAGCUACACUUAUCAACUACAAACAUAUACAAUUCAGCUGUUAUUAUUCCCUUUAUGGUUUUGCUUUUCAUCACUUUAAUUUCAGAUGCUUAUCAUGACAUACCAAAUCAUAUUCAUGACAACUACAUAAACAAUAAAGAAUAUCUAGUUUGUGAUGGAUUUAAUUUUGUCUCGAAAAAGAGCAAAGACAUCAAGAUUGGGGAUGUUAUUCAAAUUAGAGAAAAAGAAGCGUGUCCAGCAGAUAUACUUAAUGAUUAUGGAGCCAAUAAUUAAAAUGUUAAAAUCCUCUUGCUUUAUAAAAUCUAAACAUCGACCAUUCAUCAUAUUUCACUAUAUAAUUAAUUCCUUUGAAUAUUGUAUUAUUGGGAAUUAAAAUUCUUUUAAAGUAGUUAAUCAAAUUGGCAUAUUUUAUUGUUAUGUGUAAAAAGCGGAGAAUCUGAAAUUUACGUGGAUAUGCUAGGAGUUAUUGGUGAAUCAAGCUUUGAAUCAAAAAAACCUAUCAAAGAAACAAUGGAGUUUGCAGUGGAGGCAAACGAAUUUGAAGUCAUAGCUUUAAUUAGCCGCAUAAAAGCAAUCAUAAAAAUCCCAGUCAAUAAGACUUCUGGAGAAUUUAAGGGAUCAAUAAGACUUGAAUCUAACCCAAAAUCCAGCGCGCUUUCUGCGUCGAACUAUAUCCCACAAGGAGCUAAGCUAAUAGAUUCAGAGUGAAUUUUAGGAGUUGUAAUAUACACAUACGAAAACACUGGUAAUAAACUGAAAUUUAGAGAACAGUUUUCAGCCUUCAACAAAAGGAUGAAUAAAAUAGUUUUUGUGAUGAUGUGUUUUGCAGCAAUUUUGAUAUUAAUAACUGUCAUUUAUAACAUCUUCAACAGUAAUUAUUGAAAAGAUGAAGAUACCGCACAUUUUAUUGCAAGCAUUAUAAUUUUAUACAGCUAUCUUAUCCCUAUAUCUUUAUUUAUUACAUUCAGAACUGUAAAGCUAAUUUUUUCGUUUAGCCUCAGAAAGUUUCAUGACAUUCACAUCAAUUCUCUAUCCUCUUUGCAAGAUGCAGGACAAGUUGAAUAUAUUUUAGCAGACAAGACUGGGACUUUAACCAAUGGUGAUAUUAAAUUGCAAACAUGCAUAGUAGCUGGUGAUAUUUAUAUAAGAGAUAGCUCUGAUUUUUGUCAAUCUCCUUGUGAAAGCUAUUAUCAUCAUGAUAAAUCAGAUACAAGGGUUCCACUUAUUAUUCCUGAGCUACUUAGGACUAAUUCUAAAAACUUCAAGUCGUUUGCUGAUUUAAAGACAGAUUUUAUGAAUUCUGAAUCAGAUUCAGUUUUUUAUCAUUUCCUCAUAUGUAUGGCUGUAUGCAAUAGCACAUUUAUGAGAUCCGACAAAACUUCGAGCCCAAUUUCAAAUGAGGAAAAAGCUAUGAUUGAGGCAAGUAAAGAUUUGGGAAUAAAGCUUAAAAAAAAAUCAACCUUUGAUUGUGAUAUUACCAUAUUAGAUGAAGAACUCAAAUUAAAAAUAAUUGGUCAUCAAAGAAAAUCUCACAGUGUAAAAAAAUCGCGAAUUAUCAUUAGCAACCCGAAAACUGAAACAUCAAUUUUAUAUAUAAGUGGAUCUAAUGAAGCGAUGAUGAAGCUAUUUUAUGAAACUUCUGAAGAUGUAGCAUAUAUUGAUGAUUUAUUAACUCAUUCUGAAAUGGCAGAUAAAAAAAUUAUUGUCUUCGGGCUUAGGAAAUUAAGUAAAAAGGAAACAGAGGAGUUUGAAAUUGAUUAUCAUAACUUUAAGCUUCUUCCUGCAAUCUGUGAUAAAAAAAUUGAAGAUUUAUUCACAAAGCUUGAAAAAGAAGCGAAAUUCUUGGGAGCAGUCGGCCUUGAAGAAACAGUCUUAGAUGAAACAAAAGAAACUAUUGAGACUUUGACAAAAGCGGGAAUAAAAAUCUGGAUUCUAAGUGGAGAUAAUGAAGAAAAUACCUUAAGUGUUGGAGUUACAUCAGGCUUGCUCAAAUCAAGUGCAAAUAUUUCAAAAAUAACCCCUGUAAUUUCUCUCUGAGACUGUACUGUGGAAUUAAUCGAUCAGAUAAAAAUCAAUCUUUUUCACCUUACCUCAAAUACUAAUACGGGUGUUUCGACACUAUUAAAGGAUGAAUCAUCAUUUGAUAAUAAUCCUCAUCGAGUUAUGUCAAAUUUUGAAAUGCUUUAUCAAAAUAGCAUUCAACACCCAGCAUAUUCUUCAAGCCGUUAUGUAUCUAGUACACCUUAUAGAGUUCGACGCAAAAGUAAGGUGCGCAGAAGAUCAGUAAAUCCAUUUUUAAUAUCAAAUAUCUCUAAAGGAGGUAGGCUAAGAUCUCCUCUUGCUGACUCAGUUGAUCCAAGUGGUGUUAGCUUUGUGCUAUCAAUCGAUAGGAGUGUUGUUGAAUAUGGCUUAAAGUCUGAAGAAAAUAGAAAAUAUUUAGCCGCAUUACUGUGUUCAGCAGAAAGUGUAUGUUUUCAUUCUUUACUUCCUAGCGAUAAAGCAACAAUUGUAAGAUUUUUAAGAACUGGGUUUUCUUAUGACCCAACAACGCUUGCGAUUGGAGAUGAAUCAAGCGACAUCGAAAUGAUAAAAACUGCCCAUCUAGGUGUUGGAAUUGUAAGAUCAAGCACUGAGCAUGUUGGGCAUGCUGCAAUACAAAGAUUUUCUCAGCUAAAAGAGCUACUUUUGUAUCAUGGCCAUACCAAGUUUAUUAUAUUAUCAAAAGUUAUUAUGCUGUCAUUUUUUGUGAAUUAUUUGAUAACUUUUAUUAUGCUAUUUUACUGCAAUUCUUCAUAUUCCAAUUGCGACUCAAUGCUUGACCAAGACUUGCUCGAUUUUUAUCUAUUUUUCUUGAUAUUAAUUCCUAUUGUCGGAAGUGAGCUUUUUGAUGAAGAUUUGAGCAGUCGCCAAAUUUAUAAAUUCCCUCAAGUCUACACUACAUGCAAUCACUAUGUUUUACUUGGGACCAAAAAGUUUAUAAUGCUAAUUGUUGCAGCCGCUUUAUAUGCAGUAAUUAUAUAUACCGUGAACACGGUUUUAGAUCGACCCGAGAACCCCCCUCCCCUAUCCCUGACGGUUUUCAGCUACAAAUUGAAUUUGACUUGUCAAAUUCUUAGUGAGGGACUUGUCAUUUUGAAUUACAAUUUCGUUUAAACUGAAACCUUCAGAGGUUGGAGGCGAGGGGAGAGGAAGUUUCAGGUCGAGCCUAUUCUGAAGGUAUACUGGCCAAUUUAUCUUAUACAAAAUCUGAUAAAUGAUAAAGGGUUUACUCUAGAUAUUUACACAAUGGAAAUAAUAAUAUUUCUUACACUAUAUGGGGCUUCAAUGGCCUAUAUUAUAGUUGAAGUCAAUGCUUUCAAUAUGUGAACAAUAUGCUCAUAUCUAGUCUCUAUCAUAAGCUUAAUAAUAUUUUUGAAUGUAAAAUCUAAUGAUUACAAAGAAGAAGAGUUUGGAAUUUUAGAUGUUUUAUAUGAAAGUCCGCUCCUGUGAAUUUAUUUCAUUAUUUUUCCUUUAAUGUGCUUGACAAUUAGUUUUUUCUUCAAAUUCUAUUUAAUACUUUUCCAUCCAAGACUUGUAGAUUUGAUAAAAGUCAAAGGCAAAAACAUCUUCUCUCUAAAAGUGUCUUCAAGAUUAGAAGAAUUUAAAGAUAAAAUGGAGUCUGUCUACAAAAAAUCGACCUCAUUCAAGCACAACCACGAUUCCUAUGCAAUAAAUCCAUGGACCUUGAAAUUCAGAUCAAAAAUGGUUGAGAGCGAUUUUCAAAUUUAUUCAAACCACAAUUCCAAUAAUUUUCGAAUAUUUUUAUGGUGUUCUUAUUUAUCAUUUUUAGGACUUGAAAUUUAUGAAAUAAGCAAUUCAGACACUCCUGAAUCCUUUGGCAUCUUCAUUAUUGUCACUUUCUUUAUUUAUUUCGUACUAUUAGUACUCUCACUGACAUCUUUAUUUCAAAUAUAUCAUAAAGAGAUGGUGAUCUUAGCAGUGAGUUUUAACAUGAUCAUUUAUUGUAUCAAUAUUUUUCAGUAUAAAAUUAUAGCAACGCAGCUUUAUUUAUAUUGGUCCCCUCUUUUCCUUUUAGGAGUCAGCGGCAUAUGAAUUGAAAUGAACUUCGUAACAUUUAUUACAAUUUUCCUAUAUGGUGGAUGUAUUAUUAUGCAUUCACAAAUUGACCCAGUUUAUGUAAUAGAAGUGAUAACUCUUUAUAUAGCUGUUUCUUCAAUUUCUUCAGCAAGAGUAUAUAUUGCUUCUAAAACAAAACGAAUAAGAUGAACUUUCUUGAAGAAAGUAGAUAGUGAGAUGGAAAAAUCAGAGCAGGUGCUGAAUUUUGUGUUGCCUGCGUUUGUGAGGAAAAGAGUAAAAGAUGGAAUAAGAUAUAUCGCAGAAGAUCAGGGGGUUGUUUCUAUCCUUUUCUGUGAUAUAGAUGAUUUUGAGGACAUUAUCUCAAAUUACCCCAGCAGCGAGAUUACUCAGUUUUUAGAUGAAAUUUAUAGGAAAUUUGAUAAUAUUUGUGACAACACAGGAGUCACUAAAAUAGAAACUGUUGGGAAUGUAUAUAUGGCAUGUGCAGGUCUUAAAGACCGUAUCUUCACACGACGACUAUUUCAUAACGACUAUUUUUUUUUUGGCCUAUUUUUUUGACAAUUUUUUAGCUAUUUUUUACUAAUAUUUGGGCAUAAUUCCAUACUAAUUGUUUUAAUAUAAUUUUUAAUGUGUUUUUAAACGAUUUAACCAACAAAAAAUGCACCCUUAGCAGAUUUCUUACUCAAUUAAUACUAAUUCAUUGCUUUUAAAAUUUCGAGAAUUUUAGAUUUAAUUAGGAGUUUUUCACUUAAUUUCCUCAAUAUUAAUCGCGUAAGGAAAAGUCUCUGUUUCUCAAUAAGGUUUUAGUCUUCUCAGUAGCUUCAUUAAUGAGGCUAGGCAACAAAAAAAAGGCCAAAAAAAAUAGGCCAAAAAAAAUAGGCCAAAAAAAAAUAGGCCAAAAAAAUAGGCCACAAAAAAAUAGGCCAAAAAAAAUAGGCCCAAAAAAAUAGGCCACAAAAAAAUAGGCCAAAAAAAAAUAGGCCAAAAAAAAAAUAGGCCAAAAAAAAAUAGGCCAAAAAAACAAUAGGUGAAAAAAAAUAGGCCAAAAAAAAAUAGGCCAAAAAAAAAAUAGUCGUUAUGAAAUAGUCGUCGUGUGAAGGAACCCUUAAAGACAGUGAAAUAGAAUUAUCACCUUAUUUCAGAUCAAUUCCUCAUUCAAGAAGAUGUGUUGAGAUGGGCUUAAAAAUAUUGAGCACAGUUGAGAAAAUUUUUUUAAGUAAAGGAGAGCCUUUGAAAGUAAAAAUUGGGAUUCACACAGGACCAGUAACUGCAGGAGUUGUAGGAUAUCAUAAACCGCAAUUUUCACUGGUUGGUGAUACUGUAAAUACUGCAAGUAGGAUGGCUUCUACCCUUACUGACUCUUCAAAAAUUCAAAUUUCAGAAAAUACUUAUAGCCAUCUAGGAGAUUAUACAGGACUUUCAUUUAUCAAAAAAUCGAUUAGUGUAAAAGGAAAAGGACAAAUGAAUACAGUCUUGGUAAGUCUAAACCAGUCGCCUGAAGAUGACUUUAAAGAUAUGGUGCCUCUAUUGCCAACAGUCCAAGUCCAAUGAGGAAAUAAUAGUCCAAUAAUGAGGGCUAGCUUGCAAAGCAGCAUAAGGCUUGAUUCAAUUCCUUUUAGCAACCAUUCAACUAUCUUGUCUGACCGCAAAUCGUCUGAUUUAUCAACGUCAAACAUAAAAAUCCCUAAAGAAGAUUUUAAUAUAACGAUGACCCCCCCCUCAAUCUUCAUGUCUACUGCAACAAAAAUUUUUUGAAAAAAUCUUCAUGCCUACUGCAACACAACAUUUUUAUAAAAAAAAUUAAUCCAUUUUUCUCUAGGUGAGUUUCUAAAAAAAAAACAUAAACCAGCGCUACUGUAGAUAUGUCAAUGACCUUUUAUCGAGAUUUGGACGGCUAUUGCCAUCGCUCGCCAUUUUAUUAAACUUUAUCUAGCUAAAAAAGUACGGAAAAAUUUAAGAUGCGCAUCGAAAAUUUGUUGCAAGAGGGAUUAGGAUUAAGAUUAUUACAGACAGGCGCUAGCCAUAUUGAUGACGCAGUCAUUAAAGACCUCCAGUACGGAAGGUUCUACCGCUUUUCGACUCCAGCCCAGAGGAUCUAUCCCUCUUGCGAGUGCCCUUUCGGUACCUUCUGUCUCCUCCUUGCCUUGGGAGUUCAGUCUUGAGUGGGCGGCUUAUGGAUUUCUGCGGCCCUGCUACGGGCGAUUGGAGUAGCUUAUUCCAAGGAUCAGCUCUUUGAGUCUAUUGGGUAUCAAAGUGCCUUUCUUCGACAGCUAAAGGAAAAAGACUGUUCCCCUGUGACCUGGGCUGAAACUCCCAGUUUCUCGUUACUCCCCCCCUCCGUGAGUGAACAAAAAAAUUUUGUUCACUCACGGAGGGGGGUUAAUUUUUUUUUAAAAACAAAUUUAUAUAUAAAUCUUAUAAACAAUAUUUUUUUUCGAAAUUUAAAAAAUCCUAAUUCGCAAAAUUGGAAAGCAAAUAUUAAUUUAAUUUAUAAAAUUUAUGUUUUAAAAAGCAAUUUGUUUAAAAUUAAACAGAAUUAGCUCUAGAUUUCAUUAUAAUAAUUAUUAUUUAUAUAUCAAAAUUUUUUUCCAUAAAAAAUUUUUCUAUUAAAAAAAUUUUGUUCACUCACGGAGGGUGGUUUUUGGGCAAAAAAUAGGGAUUUUUCUAAUGGUUUUGUUCACUCGCGGAGGGGGGGGGGGGUGUUAGAGGAAUACCAAUGGGUCCUCGGAUCCAAGGACGUUGUUGAGCACCUCCAUUUCCAACCACAGGAAAGCAGCCAAAACCUACCGGAUACACACUUCUUGAGCCUGCAUCUGAUUCUCGGCUCGGAGUCCGUCCCAGCUCGCUGUAGCCAUAAGGUCUGGACUGCUGCGCCAAGAGGGCAGGUUGACACGUGUCGCCAUUUUAAUGUAUAUAAUUUGUUGCAAGAGACAUGAAAAUUUUUUUUUUUUUAUAUAAAAUUUAUAUUAAAAAAUUGCAUUUUUGUUGCAAUAGACAUGAAGAUUGAGGGGGGUCAUCGUUAGAAGAUUUUUGUCCGUUUAAUAUAAAUGAAACUCAUGAAGAUAGAAUAGUCAGGCAUCAAAUGCUGAUUCGCCUCCUCCGUGAGUGAACAAAUCCAUUAGAAAAAAUCCCUAAAAAAACCACCCCUUCGUGAGCGAACAAAAAUUUUUUAAUAGAAAAAAAUUUUGAUAUAUAAGUGAUAAUUAUUAUAAUGAAAUCUCAAGCUAAUUCUUUUAAUUUUAAACAAAUUGUGUUUUAAAAAAUAAAUUUAUAAAUUAAAUUAAUAUUUGCUUUCCAAUUUUUUGCGAAUUAGGAUUUUUUUAAAUUUCGAAAAAUGUAUUUUCUAUAAAAUUUAUAUAUAAAUUUUUUAAAAAUAAAAAUUAACCUCCUCCGUGAGCGAACAAAAUUUUUUGUUACUCAUGGAGGGGGGAGUGAGAAACUAUUCUUCAGCUCUAAUUUUUGGCAACUAUGUUGGGCUUGUAAGCUGUUUUAUUUUGGUGUUGACAAAUUUAGCAGAUGCAAUUAACGAAGAACCAAAAUCGUAUAAAAUAGCCGACCUUUGCUUUUUCAGUAUUGAAACUAUCAUUUAUGCAGUGACUGUUACCGUCAUAAAACGAAUGCACACAAAAAAGCUCUUUUCUAUUACUCUUGAAAUAUUUUAUGCACUGUCAAUAAUUGCUAAAAUUAUUAUCGAAUUCUGGCAAACUGAAACAUCUGAAGAGUUUUCAGCGAUUACAAGCAUAUUUCUUAUGUAUUUCAUUCUUCUCCAAUGCACAGGGUUAUUUUUCAAAAAUUUAUUUGUGGUAUCUUUAUCAUUAGCUAUUUUUUGGAUUAUUUCAUUGUUUUUCUCAAACCAUAUGUUUGCAGUCCAGGAAGCAAUAAUGGUUCUGGGCUAUACUACAAUUGUACAGUUCGUCACAUUCUAUAGAGAAAAAAACCUCAGAAGAUUUCUUGCUAUCGAAAAUGCCUCAAAUAGAGAAAUUGAGAAAAUAGAAGCUUUAUUAACUCAAAUGAUGCCUCCACAUGUAUUUCGCAAUUUAAGAGAAGAAAUAGCAAUCGCUGAUACCUUUUCCAACGUUACAAUGCUAUAUGCAGAUAUAGCAGGAUUUACAUUAUGAUCUUCCAAUAAAGAAGCAAAAGAGGUGGUUGGCAUGCUUUCUGAAUUUUUCACGAGAUUUGACAAAUUAUGUGUUGAGUUCAAUGUAUAUAAAGUCCACACAAUUGGCGAUUGCUAUGUUGCAAUGGGGCUCAAUGGCACUGAUUAUGAAAGAAAUCCUUCACAAGAGUGCCUUAACAUAAUAAAUUUUGCACAAGCGCUUCUCCAGACAAUUGAUAUUGUAAAUGAUGGCUUAAUUUUGAAUUUAAAAAUGAGGGUUGGGAUCCAUACAGGCAGUAUAAUUGGAGGGAUUGCAGGAGCUAAUAUUAUAAGGUAUGAUAUUUUUGGAUCUGAUGUCCUGAUAGCGAAUAAGAUGGAGAGCAAUGGAGUUCCUGGGGCUAUCUGCAUAAGUGAAGAUAGCAUGAUGGUGAUUGAUAAUUACAAGCCUGGGGCAUUUAAGUUCAGAUUUCAUCAAGAAGUAGAUAUACCCUCAGUGAAUCGAGUUAUCAAAACGUAUUUGCUGAAAGCCAAUGAAGAUCAGAGCGCUUAA